UUUUUCUACUUGGGUCCCAGGUUGCCUCUUAUUAUUAACCAUACCUAGGCACCUAACGUUACCUACUGUUAGAUAUGCUCAUACCUACACCUAUAAUACUUAUAUCUACAUAUUUAUGUGCCUCGUUGUUACCUCGUUCUUCGUGACACAACAGCUGCCGUGGUUAUUCAUUUGCGAAUGCGGUAAUAGCUAUUUGCCCCCCUUAAAUAUUCUUGGACGGCUCAUUUUUCCCAUCUAUUCCGUCUGCUCCAUCUAUUGUCGUCUUGUUCAGUAAUGCUACCUAAUUACCUUGAUACCUCCGAGAAAAAUAUCUCCCUCGUUAACGUCGGAGCAUCUUUAUACCUUGCGCUAUAAUUUAUCUUUCAUUUAUUUGCGCUACUUCAGUUAUCACUAAACUUGCGUGGAACUAAAGGUAAAAAUGGCGAGUCUUCGACCUGACUCGGGCGAACCAGCCGGCUCUCCUCGGACCAACCAUACAUCGGAUCCUCGGUCGCAGUCGCAGUCGCAGUCGCAAUCACAACCACAGCCAGAGCCGCAGCCGCAGCCAACAACACCAGAAACCGACACGAAGGGUUACUAUGGUUAUCUUUUUAAUAAAGACAAAUCACCAACUCACAUUCUCGAUGCCCUGCUUCGCGCUAUUGGACAGUAUAUAUCUGCCAAUAUUGGUGAUAGAAACGUCCGUGACCUAAAUCCGAAGAAGCUAGCAGCCUUCUAUCAUGCCGUCGGCGGCGAUUAUGAUUCGCUCUUUAUAAACUGCCCCUAUAAGUCUAUAUCUUAUAUAUGGCAAGCACUGGGAGUCCAGCAUACUCUGCAGCCGACCGAAAAUCUCUUUGAGCCCCCAUCUAUCCCCGCCUUAACAUUAUCAGGAUUCGUGCGAUGGGAGACCAUUCAGAUUCUCCUCGAACCGCAAGAGCAUGUGCCAUUCAUGCAAUUCGCUGUUCGCAAUUGGGUUUUGGUACAUCCCGAUACAGGGAGACCCUUUCCAGUUGAUUUACCGACAGAAGCCUUCCCUACCGAAUCAGACCCCGAAACAGACGCAUGGCACAAACAAUGCGCUCGAAAACUGCGGGACGAGGCAACCCCUAAAGACGAAAACCCGCCUGAGCGAAAGCCAUCUGAUCCUCGGAUACGCACUACUUUUACUCACGUGCACAACCCGCAGAGCAACACUUCCGCACCUCGUCAUAGACCGGAAAUGGAUUACUUUCAACGAGAAAGGCCAGUCUCAUAUGCUCAUAUACCAAGGAGUAAUUAUGCGAAACCUCAUUUUACGGCCAACGUCUCGCCGCCACCGCCGCCACCACCGCAGCGGCGACCAAGCACCGGCAAUAGUGCCCGCAGCAGUGUUGGUAGUACCAGCAGCAGCAGCAGCAACGGUUCGCCGCCUCGACCACCUAGAAGGCCGAGUUAUACGAAUACACGCCGUCCCGAGGUAGAGGAGCCUCGUAUCGCAACUCAUCUCGAUCCUCAUCACCAGCCAGGGCCGCGUCGGCAUAGUCAUUCCAGGCCCUAUGUCUCACACUCGGAUUCCGAUCCGGACAUACCGUCGCGUCAUAGUUCCAAAUCAAGACCGCAAGGCCCUAUUCCGCCUCCCACGUCCAUACGUCACAUGCCAGUUGUGACACCUGUUCAACCGGUGAUGAUUCCUACUCGUCCUCGUCGUAGUGAAGUCCAUCCCGAUGAUGUUCGUCGACGGAGUUUGCCAGCUGAGAUAAAGCAGAGGUUUGCCUCGUUUCUUUCCGGAUCGAACGACCGUCAUCGAAGCACUUCCCGUGAAAAGCGCAACGCAGCAAAUUUAGCACCCAGCGUACGUUUCCGAAGAGAAAAUAUUCAUCCACGCCUUAGCCGAAGUGGAUCAGGCGAGUCACAUUUUAGCGAUGAUUCAGAUACAGAACUGUUUCCAAAAUAUCCCUCACGCUCUCACCACGAGCGUGAACGGCUUCGCGAGCGAGUCAUUGAAAAGGAGCGACAGAAAGAACGCGACCGAGAAGAUGAGUUGGAUAGGAGGUCUCGACAAGAGAGGUAUUUGCGAACGACGACACAUCGAAGGGCAAGUAGUCAUACGGACAUCGACAGAAGAGGUAGAGACUACGUGUGGGAUCACAGGAGUAGAGACCGAGACACAGAUUACGACAGAGACACCAGAAGAGUGGUCACAGCCGAUGAAAGAGAACCACGAGAUCGACGACGAUAUAAAGACAGGGGCCCUAGUCCUGUGUUUACUGGUGUGGGGGGCAGGCGGUAUCCUGGAGAGCCUGCUUGGAAAUAACGAUUGAGAUAUGAAAUAUGAAUGGUACGAAAACUCUCGGAGUGUAUUGGAGUUUAGGGCGUUGUGAUGAAGUGAUCUAGGCUAACUAACAAAGGCCAGAGUUACUUAUGUAGACG